UUCAAAAUAGAUUUAUAUUUAAAAAAUGUCAUUUUAAAAAGUGUUAUCUUUUUAUUCACUCUUUCAUACAUUACAUGAGUAAAGAACAAGCAUCCCUAGAUAAAAAGUACUCUCAUGUGCCAACGAAAGGCAGCUGGGAGAUUCCUCGUAAGACAUUCCAUUACAGUAUAGGCUUCUUUGUUUUAUACAUAAUUAUGGGAGGUGUGGAAGCAAGUGACGUUUACCCUAUUUUAACUGCCAUGCUGUGUGUGGUGGGAUCUGCCGAAGUGUUGCGUUUUAACGCAGAGUGGUUCAACCGAAUCUAUUGUUACGUUUUAGGCCCGCUUAUGCGACCCUCCGAAGUCAAGAACAGAGUCAAUGGUGUUGUCUACUAUCUGCUUGGUUGUGUGAUUGUCAUUUAUUUCUUUCCAAUUGAUAUUGCAGCACUUUCGAUUAUCUAUCUCUCAUGGACAGACCCUACAGCCAGUAUCUGUGGUCGUCUGUGGGGUAAAUAUACACCACAAUACGGUGGUAAAUCGUUGGCAGGAAGUUUGGGUGCCGCAGUGGUGGGUACCAUGGUGACUUGGAUGUAUUUUGGUCCGUUGGCACGUUACCCGUUGUCAUACCAACCAUCUACAAGUCCCGUUCCAUUGAGUGUCUUGAGUCUGUAUGGUGGUCUGGUGGCUGCCUUUUCCGAAGGUAUCAGCAAUCUCUUUGGAUUGGAUGAUAAUUUGACCAUUCCCGUUGUCAGUGUCAUCUUGUUAUGGAUCCCCUUGGUUGGUUUUGGCUUGGGUCACGCAUAG